UGGACGUACUACAUACCAUGAAUGACAUCACUUCUCUCUCUGCACAACCUGGUUGAUGUGUCUCAGGAAUUAGGGUUCCACGUUCUUAUCGAUAAGUAACUGUGCUAGUCCUAUUCAGGAACUGUCCCGCAUCUCCUGAAGCUGCCUUGGCGCCUGAAGUUGAAUCAUCUCUCUGCUUUACGGCGGUUUUCUUCAUGAUUUGCGAGGGCGACAGUGUCUCUGUCACUGUUGGCUUAACUGAGUGCUAAGCACCUUCUUGGGGAAAGUAUAUUUCUAUCACAACAACUUAUAACACUCAUAUCUUCGAUAUACAUACUAUUGGCUAUCUAUUUUUUCAACAUCCCACAUCUCUACACCUACUGGUCAAAUGCGUCUAAUAAAGAACAAGAUAGAGCACGGUGGCUCAGGCACAGUCACUCUGUGUCCUGAAGAGCCAGAGGAUAUGUGGCACGCCUACAACCUGAUCAGACCCGGCGACCUCCUUCGCGCAAGCGCAAUCCGUCGCGUCACAACGACGCACGACACCGGUACAACAACUUCAUCUCGAGUUCACUUGACACUGGAAAUCCGCGUGAAAAGCUUGGAUUUCGACCCUCAGAGCUCCCAACUGCAUGUUGGAGGAACAAUUGUGAACGAGACACCGCACACCAAAGUCGGACAACAUCAUACGUUAGAUCUGGAGCUGAAUCGCAAUUUCACCCUGGAGAAAGAGAUCGGUGCCAAUGGGGAAGGAGUUGGGUGGGACAGCAUUGCUGUACAGAUGCUCCAGGAUGCCGUUGACGAGAGCGGCAAACGGAGGGCGGAAGCGGUCGCUGUUGUUAUGCAAGAGGGACUGGCCCACAUCUGCUUUAUUGGGCAAUUUCAAACUGUCUUGAAGCAGAAGGUCGAGAUGUCGGUUCCGCGAAAACGACAAGGCGGCGGAGGCGGGGAUCAUGAUAAGGGAAUGUCAAAAUUCUACCAGGUUACAUUGGACACACUCCUCCGGCAGAUGGAGUUCAACACCAGCGCUACUUCUCUCACCAGUAACGAGCCCGUCAAGCCCGUUCUUCUUGCGUCUCCUGGUUUUGUCGCUGCCGGCUUUCAGAAAUACAUACAGUCUGUUGCCUCGACGACUACACCUGCCCUCAAACGGCUAUUACCGAGUAUUGUCGUAGUCCACUCAGCCUCUGGCUAUUUGCAUUCUCUCGCCGAGGUUCUGCAAUCGCCUGCAGUGAAAACCAUCCUUGCGGAUACCAAGUAUGCCCGCGAGACCAAACUGAUGGACGACUUUCUUGGACAUCUCCGCAAGGAGUCUAACAAGGCCAUCUAUGGACCCCGCGAGGUCGAGUCGGCAGUCGACCAAGGAGCCGUGGGCCGUGGGGGCGGCGUCCUCAUUAUCUCCAAUCGAUUGUUCCGGUCACAGGACGUGGCGGAGCGCAAACGAUGGGUGUCACUGGUUGACCGAGUGCGGGACGACGAAGGGGGCGAAGUGCGUGUACUCAGCUCCGACCAUGAGAGCGGGAGAAGACUGGACGGAUUGGGAGGCGUUGCCGCCUUGUGCACGUUCCCAGUAGUCGAGGAGGACUUGGAAUCGGACGAAGAAACUGCUGAAGCUAGCUGAUUAUCUUUGAGCAAAUGCGCAACGGAAAUCCAUGGUCUUCAGAAGUGGGCCCAGACAUGCAGACAUGACCGACACGUUAAAAACGAUACCGUUGAACCGAACAAAUAUCGACGCGCCUAUCUUUGUACUAGCGCUUACAUCUUUGACCAUAGAGGACGAAUCCAUACCAUCAUCUUCCGCCCACAUG